AUGAGCACGCAAGGUCGACUCAAGCGACACUUCCCGGGCUCCGCCGUGUCGAUUCCAUUGGCCGUGUUCAACGACCCCGACCUUCAUUUCUCCUUGGCAGAUGCACUUGCCAGGAUGGGCAUCGAAGAAGUCAGAGACAUGAAGCCCAUGGUGAAAAAAGCUAGCCAAAUGCAUAUUGAAGAACGAGACACUACCAAUCCGGCUAUUGUCACCGAUUUCUUGACCACUAUCCUCUGCGCACUCGGGGAGCGCGUCCAGGUCCCGGUCCUCGAAAAAAACACGCGGGAACAAGUGAGCUGGAGAAACGCCCGUAUGCCCUGGAGACGAUCGCCCCUGUGGUUGCUUGCUCGCAUCACCAUCCACACCAUUUGUUCUCGCGCGGGUGAGACGCACGUCUACAAGCAGUUCAUGGUCUUCUUUAUGUCCUCGCUAUUGGACGUCGCAGUGUCCUUGGAAAUGCCAUGCGAGACUCUCUACUGCAUGGUGGCAAAGAUAUCCGGAAGGCUGAAGAAGCUUGGAAACGAUGCGCGGGAUUGUUUGCGCGGCCGUGUGGGAACGGCAAUGUCGACCGCCGCCCAGCGCAUCGAAGCAUCCUGGAAGAAGGCAUCCCAAGUCUUGGAUGCGACCUUGUCGAUGCGCGAAACUUCGCAGUUCUGGCGCAAAGAUCAAUACGGCUCAUACCCGAACAUGGAAGCCUUUAUAAACUCCAUUGAUUCACGCGACACUGAUGCAGCUAGCUUGGACUUCAAGCCCUCUUGGUCUGUGCCAAGGCAUCAGGAAUCAGAACUCCCCAAGGCCCUUUUUUCUGGGAAAGAUCAAGAGGCUGCUUUUCAGCUAUUAGCAUUUGAGAGAUGGGUUUCUACAUGCUUGGAUCAUUGGCUCGAAAUGAACAUCGAUGCCAACGAAACUCCAGGCAGGCUGCUGGAUGUGAUCAAAAUUUACCACCAGAAAGCAGCAGCAAGUUAUGCUCGAAACCCCGAAGCCACCUCUUUGAUGCUUUUGACCAUUAUGGAGCUCUGGGUUGCGUGCGAUAAGUCGGCGUGUAAGGUACACGGACUGCUACAAAAGUAUGCUCAUGAAAUCCCCGGCGAAGUGCUCCAAUCUCUCAUAUUACCUUUCAAGAGAGACAUGGAGCGCCUUCGGUGCAUCGAAAACUAUUUGGAGGAGCGCAAGCUCAUGGCGUCGGAGCGAAACCCGUCUAUCUUCUCAAGCUUUGGCGAGAGUAACUCGUUCGCCGUUCAGUUCUUUCAAAACUCAGCUGAACAUGGAAAUCUGAAAAAAGAUAUCGAAACUUGGGCAGAGGCUGAAAGAAAGAGAAAGCGUGAAGAGUUCCGAACCAAGCUUCAAGCCUACGAGUCCCACACAGCCAAGGCCGCAGGACGACAGCAUGAGUACUUUGCAAGAGUCAACUAUAAAACAGGGCAUGAGUACCAAGUUCACUCUCGAUACUGCCAGCGCUGCUAUCAUAAAAAAGAGGCCAAAAAUCUCACCAUCGAGGUGCAUGAAUGGCCGCUUCCAUCCGAUGAUCUCGCAGCACAAAAUGUGGUCUUCGAGUUGAAAGUACCCACGGCUAUCGAGCGUUGGCGAGACGCCGCUGCGUACAUGAUCUCGUCUGUUUUGAAGUCUACCAGCAGACAUUCCUAUGAGAUGGGCAAAGAAGAUGCUCUGUCCGACUACCUAGCACAGUACUAUUACUGUCAGAAGUCGAAGCGUUUUGGGCUGGUUUCGACAACCAAGUCUCAUCGCCGGACGCAUCGAAAACUCAAAACGCUCGGAACCGCGUCGGAGGGCGAAGUCCUUCUCAAGUCUGGGUUGAAAUUCCGCUAUUAUGACAACGUCUUGUGCCCAUGCAGCAGCCUGCGACCAUUUAUGUUCCGCCCGCCCGAGUCUCCAAAUGGCAAAUCAGCGAACCACAUCAUCUCGCAGCAGUCAGAAUGCCCAGAGCACCUGUCAUUGGAAGAGUUCAGGGCCAUGGCGGCUUUGCCUUGCGGCUACAGAGUGCAGUGGUUGAACAUACUCACGCAGCUUCGCAUGCCCGUGCUCAACUUUACCAACAAGGACGUUCUUCAGAUUCUUUUGCAGGUUAGCAGACAAGUUGGACCUCCGGAAGACAGUGUAUACAGAGCCGGGCAUCAGUUUCCCAGUCGCGAAAACUUCGCCAUCGCAUGUGUGGAAGGACUCGAGGCCGCUCUUGACAAGAUGAAGGAGAACUGGGAGUCAUACCAUGCUUUCUUCGGCGCUGGAUGGCUCUUUUACAGGAGAAAGUGA